AUGCUACGUGCCCUCCGAUCAGCUUUUUUUGGUCGAAGAAAAAUCAUGGAUCCCCUCAUAGCCGUUGUUGGUGCUACAGGCACUGGCAAGUCGAAGCUUGCCGUGGACUUAGCCUGUCGGUUUAAUGGCGAAAUUAUAAAUGGCGACGCGAUGCAAAUGUAUCGCGGCCUUCCUAUCAUUACGAACCAGAUCCCCGUCGAAGAACGAAACGGCAUCCCCCACCACCUAUUGAGCUGCAUUGAGUUGGAGGCGGAGCCAUGGCGCAUCGGCGCAUUCAAAAACGAAGCAUUAAAACUCAUCAGUGAUAUUCGAUCGCGCGGAAAACUUCCAAUCCUGGUCGGCGGCACACACUACUACACACAAGCGGUCUUGUUCAAGGACCAGCUUGUCGGCGAAGGGGUAGAGAAGGACGAUUCCAGUGACAACGAGGCUUCAGAACCCACAACUGAGGGCCCCUCGAGUUCUGAAAAAUGGCCCAUUCUCGAUUCACCCCCUGAAGUGCUCAUGGAAAAACUACGCGAGGUGGACCCGGUCAUGGCGGCACGAUGGCAUCCAAAAGAUGGUCGUAAACUGAGACGGUCUCUAGAGAUCUACUUCCAGACAGGUCGACCUGCGUCUGAAAUCUACGCGGAGCAAAAAGCAUCCAAGGCGGAAGCUUUGGUGGGGGAUGAGGGCACUCUCCGCUUCAACAAUACGUUGAUCUUUUGGGUUCAUGCGGAAAAGGAGACACUCAACAAGCGCCUGUCCUCGCGCAUCGAUACCAUGAUUGAGCAAGGUCUUAUGGAUGAAGCACAGCUCAUGUCAGAAUAUCUGGAGAAGAAAAGGUCCGAGGGGAUCGAGGUAGAUCAGACCCGUGGUGUCUGGGUAUCUAUCGGGUUCAAAGAACUGGCCCCAUACUUUGCCGCUGUGGAUAAGGCCGAGCAAACCGAGUACGAGCUGGAGAAGCUCAAACAGGAAUGCAUUGAACAAAUCAGGAUUGCCACUCGUCAAUAUGGUGUAUCUCAAGUCAAAUGGAUCCGAAACAAAUUAUGGCGAGCUCUAUCCGAGGCAGGCAUGGUAGAGCGUUUAUACCUUCUUGACAGUACUGAUGUCAGUCAAUGGUCAGAGUGCAUAACCAAACAAUCUGAAAAUAUUUUCCAGGCCGUGCUCAAGGGAGAGUCUACGCCUGAUCCCAAAUCACUUUCAUCGUUGGCAAAUGAAGUUUUCAGUGCCAAAGAGGCCAAGGCACGCGUCCAAUCAACAGACACAACUUGCUAUACCUGUGAGCUGUGCAAGAAGACUAUGGCAGGUGAAGAACAAUGGAACAUCCACCUCGUGAGCAAGUACCACCGAGGAGCCAUUAAGUCCGCUGCGAAGAAGGCUGAGCGCGAUGCAUAUUUUCAAAAACAAGCAUCGGAAUCCCAAGAAGCCGCUAAGGUGGACUCGGAACCUUCGGUAACCGGCUCUCGAACAUGA